AAGAAGAGAGAACACUGCAGGCACUGGGACCCAGGGGAUGUGUUAUCGGUCCGUUCUAAUUAGUACAGCAAGCUUCCUGCACACAGAAACCUAUAGAAUAGCACAGGGAGGACUGCUCCGAGCUGCUGGGUGGUAGCACAAGGACUUCAGCUCUGAGGGACGAAGUAACACUUGAACUGCACCAGGGGUUCUGCUGUACUGGAUAUUGUGUCUGAGGAGCUGCACCAGGGUCUUCUGCUGUACUGGAUAUAGUACCUGAGGAGCUGCACCAGGGGCAUCUGCUGUACUGGAUAUAGUACCUGAGGAGCUGCACCAGGGGCAUCUGCUGUACUGGAUAUAGUACCUGAGGAGCUGCACCAGGGGCAUCUGCUGUACUGGAUAUAGUACCUGAGGAGCUGCACCAGGGGAUUCUGCUGUACUGGAUAUAGUACCUGAGGAGCUGCACCAGGGGCUUCUGCUCUACUGGAUAUAGUACCUGAGGAGCUGCACCAGGGGCAUCUGCUCUCUUGGAUAUAGUACCUGAGGAGCUGCACCAGGGGCUUCUGCUCUGCUUGAUAUAAUACCCGAAGAGCUGCACCAGGGGCAUCUGCUCUGCUUGAUAUAAUACCUGAGGAGCUGCACCAGGUGCUUCUGCUCUGCUUGAUAUAAUACCCGAGGAGCUGCACCAGGGGCUUCUGCUCUGCUUGAUAUAAUACCCGAAGAGCUGCACCAGGGGCAUCUGCUCUGCUUGAUAUAAUACCUGAGGAGCUGCACCAGGGCUUCUGCUCUGCUUGAUAUAAUACCUGAGGAGCUGCACCAGGGGCUUCUGCUCUGCUUGAUAUAAUACCUGAGGAGCUGCACCAGGGGCUUCUGCUCUGCUUGAUAUAAUACCUGAGGAGCUGCACCAGGGGCUUCUGCUCUGCUUGAUAUAAUACCUGAGGAGCUGCACCAGGGGCUUCUGCUCUGCUUGAUAUAAAACCUGAGGAGCUGCACAGGGGCUUCUGAUGUACUGGAUAUAGUCCCUGAGGAGCUGCACUAGGGGCUUCUGCUCUCCUCUCCUGGAUAUAGUACCUUAGGACCUGCACCAGUGUUUUCUGCUCUACUGGAUAUAUAGUACCUUAGGAGCUGCAUCAGGGGCUUCUGCUCUCCUGGAUAUAGUACCUGAGAAGCUGGACCAGGUGCUUUUUAUCUACUGGAUAUAGUUUAAGGGGGUUCCUAUUGGGUAUCAUUGGUAACAUAGAUCUACCAGGGUCAUGUUCUGCUAGAUAUUGUAGGACAGGAGCUUCACCAGGAGAAUCUUCUCUGAUGGAUAUUGUGGGGCAGGAACUAUACCUGGAGCUUCUUCUCUGCUGGAUAUUCUAGGACAGGAACUUCACCUGGAGCAUCUACUUUACUGGAUAUUGUAGAACAGAAACUGCACCUGGAGUAUCACCUCUGAUAUCCUUGGACAAGUUUCAAAUGGAGCAUCUCCUCUGCUGGAUACUGUAGGACAGUAGCUACACCUGGAGCAUCUCCUCUAUUGAUAACCUAACAAAGAGGCUUCACCUGGAGCAUCUCGGGGUCCCCAGCAGGGGCUUUUUUUUGCAUUCCCUUUCUGUUGGAUAGUAACUCGAAGGACUUCAGUUGGGUAAUGGACUGAAGAAGACUAGGAGCCAUGCUGAGAUAAUAGGACAGAUACCUGUCCUGUUUGCCAGGAAGUUGAGAACCUUUACAGAACCACACCCCUGCACUCUUCAUAGUAGUCUACCAGAUUUUUUUUACAACUACUAGAAGAUCUGUGCUCCUGCUUGGACCAUACUAUGGGGCUGUCACAGUCUAGAUCUCUGGUGACUCGGGAGCUUAUAGAGAAGACUGGCUUCUCAGCAGAACAAAUUGAACAUCUACACAAGCGCUUCAUCUACCUAACGGGUGACAAACCGGUUCUCAGCAAAAGAGAUUUGGAAAAGGUUUCAGACUUGGAGCAGAAUCCUAUAAGAGACAAAAUAAAAAAUGCUUUCUUUGACAAGAGAAAUCUACGGACAGGAUCUUAUGGGUAUGAAAGCGAAAUUAACUUUGAGCAAUUUCUCAUCAUUAUGUCCUACUUCCGCCCCAUGGUUGGGCAUAUAGACGAGGAGAACAUUAGUUUAUGUCGUAAAGACAAGCUGAGAUUUCUGUUCAACAUGUAUGAUACCGACAAUGACAGCAAGAUCACCCUGGAUGAAUACAGAAAUGUGGUAGAAGAGCUACUAUCGGGGAAUCCGCACAUUGAGAAAGAGACAGCAAGGUCUAUUGCAGAUGGAGCUAUGAUGGAAGCAGCCAGCAUUUGUGUGGGGCAAAUGGAACCAGACCAGAUAUAUGAAGGAAUCACCUUUGAAGACUUUUUGAAGAUCUGGGAAGGAAUUGAUAUUGAAACCAAAAUGCUGGUCAGAUUCCUGAACAUGGACACUAUACCUUCCUGCCAUUGAAUCAUCUGGUGCUGGAGUGAAAAUCAUGAUGUAAACUCUUCAUUUAAAGAGGAUAUUGGGGUCUUUGAUGUAAAAUUCAUAAUUUAUAUAGUAACUUUAUAUUUAAUGCUUUCGGUACUAGUUGUAUUUUGUGCAAACCCUGUCCAGAUGCUUAUUAGGGCCUAUGAACAUCAUAACGUGGGGCGUUCCCCCAUCCAUGCUCCCCUCUAUAAGACUGCUCUGACUGACCAAGCGCAUCCGUGUAACCAGAUAGAUGUAGUCUUUUCAGAUACAGCUAUAAUUAUGGAUAGCCCUACACUGAAAAAUCAGAACUUUUUUUUAAGGAAAUUUUGCCAAACUAGAUGUAGAUUAGCCAGUUAUUGACGUGAGGAUUGGAACAGACGGAGUAUUGGUUCUUUCUGGAACUGAGAUGGCGUCCUUCUAUGCAAGUCCAUGAGGAAUACUGUAUGCCAGGCAUUCACUGAAGCUAUAUUAGCUAAUAGACUGCUGAUAAGUAAUAGUAUGUAGCUUAGGUGAGAGUAUGUCUAGAUGGUUAUAUAAUCCUGAAUGUAAAGAUGUAUACAAAAUCACAGGAGACAAAGAAUUGUUCUAAAAUCCCCAAAUUUUCUUUAUUUUCUAAUACAUUUCUUGCAAUUAAUCAAAACUGUCACUAAUGUUUGUAGACUUAACCACAGAGGACCCACCACCAGUUACUGUACAUUUAUGUACUUGCAUACUGUAUGGCUAUCAUUGACUUCCAUUGCAACUAUGCAUUUCAAUAUGAUUAAAGGGACACGUCCAUAAAAAAUAAAUAAGUAAAAGGAUCACAUAUUAAAAACCUA